GCUAGUAAACCAAUUGUACCUAGCUUGAUUCCGUCUUUUGGUUUGGCAAAUGUGUAUUCGGGUUCCGUAGUAAAUAUGACAACUGCUGGAGUAUUUCAUUUGGAUAUGCCGGAUGCGACAAGCUUUGAAGAAGGAGAGGAAGUUACAGAUCAGUAUACCCCUUGUACUCCAGGAAUCGAGGAAGAAUUCCUGGAACAUGGACCUUUGAAAACAGAAGAAAUUAACGGGGCUGUGGAAAGAGUUAAAAUUUGUGAAGAAACAGUUAAUCCGGGCCAACCUAAGGUUCGUCCUCAUGACUUUCAGCUCCUCAAAGUUUUGGGAAAGGGCGGAUACGGCAAGGUUUUUCUUGCUCGGAAGAUGGAUACCGGACAAACUUAUGCGAUGAAGGUUUUGAAAAAAGCAUCCAUUGUAACCAACGCCAAAGACACUGCACAUACGAAAAGCGAAAGAAAUAUCUUGGAGAUGAUUAAGCAUCCGUUCUUGGUGCAACUGCACUAUGCCUUUCAAUCUCCUGGAAAGUUAUAUCUAGUUCUCGAGUUCCUAGCUGGCGGUGAACUAUUCAUGCAACUGGAGAAAGAAGGCGUUUUCAUGGAAAACCAAGCCAGCUUCUAUCUGGCUGAGAUUACCCUAGCCAUUGGCCAUCUCCAUUCCAUGGGUAUUAUUUAUCGUGAUUUGAAACCAGAAAACGUACUCCUGGAUAUUGAGGGUCAUGUAAAGCUGACAGAUUUCGGUCUCUCAAAGGAACGAGUUGACAGAGAUAACUUGACGCACACGUUUUGUGGGACCAUCGAGUACAUGGCUCCAGAAAUAUUAUUGCGCCAGGGUCACGGUAGAGCAGUUGAUUGGUGGAGCCUGGGAACUCUGAUGUACGAUAUGCUUUCCGGCGCCCCACCAUUUACUGGAGAGGAUCGAAAACAAACAAUUGACCUGAUAUUGCGUGGGGACUUUGUUUUGGUUCCGUUUCUUAGUUGUGAAGCCGCAUCGUUGUUGAAAAAGCUUCUCGUUGUUGAUGUUAGUCGCCGUUUGGGUUCUGGACCGUCGGAUGCCGAAGCGAUCAAACAACAUCCAUUCUUCCGAUCGACUAAUUGGGAUCAGGUAUUGAAAAGCCAGAUAUGA